AUGAUUCUAGCCCUAGAAGAACUUAGAGACAUGUCAGGGAUAGAAGAACGGCUCCUGAUGAGUCUUUUGCCCAGAAAUGUUGCCAUGGAAAUGAAGGAAGAUUUUCUGAAGCCACCUGAGAGAAUUUUUCAUAAGAUUUACAUUCAAAGGCAUGACAAUGUCAGCAUUUUGUUUGCAGAUAUUGUGGGCUUCACUAGUCUGGCAUCCCAGUGCACGGCUCAAGAGCUGGUGAAGCUUCUGAAUGAACUCUUUGGGAAAUUUGAUGAAUUGGCCACUGAAAACCACUGCAGACGAAUUAAAAUCCUGGGGGACUGCUACUAUUGCGUGUCAGGACUGACCCAACCCAAAACCGACCAUGCCCAUUGCUGUGUUGAAAUGGGGCUGGACAUGAUUGAUACCAUCACGUCUGUUGCAGAAGCCACAGAAGUUGACCUCAACAUGAGAGUGGGUCUUCAUACAGGCCGUGUCCUGUGUGGGGUGCUAGGACUUCGAAAGUGGCAAUAUGAUGUCUGGUCAAAUGAUGUGACCCUUGCAAAUGUAAUGGAGACUGGAGGAUUACCUGGGAAGGUUCAUAUCACAAAGACGACAUUAGAGUGCCUAAACGGGGACUACGAGGUAGAACCAGGUUUUGGACAUGAGAGGAACACUUUCUUGAAAAAGCAUAAUAUUGAAACCUUUUUUAUUGUACCAUCCCAUCGGAGAAAGAUAUUUCCUGGACUUAUUCUCUCAGAUAUAAAACCAGCCAAAAGGAUGAAGUUCAAAACGGUCUGUUACUUGCUGGUCCAGCUGAUGCACUGUCGGAAGAUGUUUAAAGCAGAAAUCCCAUUCUCCAAUGUCAUGACUUGUGAGGAUGAUGACAAGAGGAGAGCAUUAAGGACGGCCUCUGAAAAACUCAGGAAUCGAUCCUCUUUUUCUACAAACAUUGUAUACACUACUCCAGGAACACGAGUAAACAGAUAUAUUAGCCGUUUGAUAGAAGCCCGGCAAACAGAGUCUGAGAUGGCAGACUUGAAUUUCUUUACCCUAAAGUACAAACAUAAAGAACGCGAAGAAAAAUAUCACCAGCUUCAAGAUGAGUAUUUCACUAGUGCUGUGGUCCUUUCACUGGUUCUAGCUGCCUUAUUUGGCCUUGUCUACCUUCUAAUAAUCCCACAGGGUGGAACCUUUUACCUCCGUGGAUAUGAACCCAUAUUGGCAAUUUUGCUGUUUUCCUGUGCUCUGGCCCUUCAUGCCAGACAAGUGGACUUGAAGUUACGUCUGGACUACCUCUGGGCUGUUCAGGCAGAAGAGGAGCGAGAUGACAUGGAGAGAGUGAAACUGGACAAUAAGCGGAUUCUCUUCAACCUUUUGCCAGCUCACGUUGCCCAACAUUUUCUUAUGUCCAAUCCCAGGAACAUGGACCUUUAUUACCAGUCCUAUUCACAAGUGGGCGUGAUGUUUGCUUCCAUCCCAAAUUUCAAUGAUUUCUACAUUGAACUGGAUGGCAAUAACAUGGGAGUGGAGUGUUUGCGUCUCUUAAAUGAAAUUAUUGCCGAUUUUGAUGAGCUCAUGGACAAAGAAUUUUAUAAGGACCUAGAAAAAAUCAAGACAAUUGGAAGUACAUAUAUGGCUGCAGUGGGAUUGGUGCCGACCACAGGGACCAAGGCCAAGAAAUCAAUUUAUUCACAUCUGAGCACAUUAGCUGAUUUUGCAAUAGAGAUGUUCGAUGUCCUUGAUGAAAUCAACUAUCAAUCUUACAAUGACUUUGUCCUCCGUGUUGGCAUUAAUGUAGGCCCAGUAGUGGCAGGUGUUAUUGGUGCCAGAAGACCUCAGUAUGACAUCUGGGGAAACACUGUAAAUGUUGCCAGCCGAAUGGAUAGCACUGGAGUGCAGGGGAAAAUUCAGGUCACCGAAGAAGUCCAUCGGUUAUUAAAGCAAUGUAGUUAUGAAUUCACAUGUCGAGGAAAAGUCAGUGUCAAGGGAAAAGGUGAAAUGUUGACCUAUUUUCUGGAAGGAAAAGCAAAUGGAAGUAAUUCUCAAACCAGAUCCUUAAACUUAGAGCGGAAAAUGUAUCCAUAUGGGAAAUCAAACAUUCAGACAAAAUUGGGUACCAGCUGCCCCUCUGUCUCAUCUGCGGCUAGCUUUACAGUCAAAGCUGGGACCGGAGCCCUGCAGACAGCAGGCACCCACACUAAUCCAACGCUCCAUUACCUUCCUUCUGUGCCAGCUGUGAAAGAAACCUAGAUGAGUGCCAUUGCAAGUGAACUCAGUGAGCAUGAAUACUUGCCAACAGAGUUUAAGGUCAUAGGUUGCGGCAUCAACCACGGAUCCAAUCUAUCACAACCAAAGAAAGCGGGAAGCUCCAUAGAAGAAAACUUGGAAUGGAAGCGAUAAGGGCUAACAAUUGUGUUAGGACAAGAAUAAUGCAGAUUUUCUGAAAAUAAGGAAAAAUGUCAUGGAAUUUUAAAAAGGUAAAUGGUAUACUUAAGAGAUGUGUGUAAAUGAUAAUGUAUGUGUGUAUAUAUCCUAACUCUAUAUAAACACAUAUACACUCACAUUCCUAUAUAUAGGCAUAAAAAUUUAUAUAGAUACAUGUAUUUAUUUAAAUAUUAUUUGCAAUGGCAUAAGGGAGCUAUAUCGCAUUUUCAUAUUCAUUAUUGUUUGGACCGAGUUGGGUCUAAAAUUGUGAUGAGGGACACAGGAACUUAGGAACAUAUUUUGGGGUUUUAGCAAGAACAAUGAAAAAUUUGCUCAGAGUUUGAAUUAAUAAACAAGCCUAAAAAAGUCAAAAGCUUUAUCCAAGAUUGAACUAAGCCAAUUCUAAAACAGCUGCAUCUGCUCACUCUAACUUGCCUCUUCCAACCCUGGAAAAUAUCCAAUUAGCAUCACAUUUAGUACAAUAAGUCAAAAUUAGGUUUUAAAAAAUCUGGACUCAGGAUCUAGAUGGAAUAUUGACAAAUACUUUUAACCAUCUCUAAGUAUCUUUGCCUCGAUGUUGCCCCGUGAUUUAUCAUAGGGUGUAGAUCAAAGUAGAGAUUCUAAGCUUCAGGUACAGCAAUGGGUCAGUAACAUAUAGAAACCCUCUUUUCUUCUGCAUGAAUAUUUGUAACUAUUGGAUUUCUUCCAAAUGAAGCUCUUUGCUAAGGAUUAAACAUUGAAGGGCUUCAUACCAGUUCAUCAGCUUUGAUGAAUGUCAGUAGUAAUACUUAUAUGCCUUGCCAAUGAUUUUUUUUUUUUACUUUGCUGACUUUUUGCUUCUUGUAAAACU